AAGACGUAUCUGCACGUGAGAAAGCUGCUGCCUCGCAACACGCAGGUAUUCUCGUCCACGCUGGAAUUCGUGUUUGUCGACAAAGGAUCGGCGCAGGCGAGCGUUACCAGUCUCGGCAGUCUCCACAAACCGAUUGUCCCGGGUAAACAGUUCUUGGGCCCGAAUACGGCCUACAGGAUACAACAUCGCGAGUACGUCUCUACGUGUAUAAACGUAUGUAAAACGGACGACGAUGGUCGCGGUAGAAGUUGAUUCUUUCCGCGGCUGUUGAGAUGGAUGGACAGCGAGAACGACAGCGCCGGUCCGAGGAUCAGCUCCCUCAGUCUCGUCUCCGUCGAGAAGUACACCUUGCUGUACAAUCGGCUGAAAGAGAAGUACAGCACGGAAAUGGUGAGGAUAUGGCCGGAGAACACGGACCCGGCGAAAUUCGUCUACGGGGAUGUCGCGAUCGCGACUUACCUGUAAUUGCUCUGGGAGAAGGAGAGGCUGGAGAAGGGGACGCAGGAAUUGCAGUCGUUCGUCGAUCUCGGCUGCGGAAACGGUCUUCUCGUUUACAUCUUGUCUAGCGAAAGUCACAGGGGGACGUGAAUCUAUCUGCGCAGGAGGAAGUUCUGGGAUCAGUUACAAGUCGGCACGAUCGUUCCAGCCUCUGACACGGUCUUCUCCGGCAUGGACUGGAUCAUAGGUAAUCACUCGGACGAGCUCACCCCGUGGAUUCCCGUGAUUGCCGCGCGUAGCUCCUACGAGUGCCAGUUUUUCCUGUUGCCGUGCUGCGCCUACGAAUUCGACAGUAGCAAGUAUCGGCGGUGCAACGCCGCCGAGAGCCAGUACUCGGAGUACAUGUGCUACGUUAGAAGCGUAUGCGAGGGUUGCGGCUUUCUCACGUCAGUGGACAGGCUGCGAAUCCCGUCGACCAAGCGGACUUGUUUCGUCGGAUGGAAGAGGACUUGCGCAAAGGAGAAUAUCGCGGCGCUGGACGCCGAUAUCCAGAGGAUCAUAAACGCAAGAUCCCGAGUGGAUGACGUGAAGACCGAGGCGGAGAACGGCGAUCUGUGGUCCGUGAGCUUCAAACCGAGGGACUCGGCGGAACGAACGCGAAAUUGCACGCAGCUGGACAAAGAGCUGAUCCUCGAGAUAGUCAACGUGGUCGCGGUGCAUCUCCUCCACGCGGGUCGCCGGAUACCAUUGGAACGGAGACCCGGUGAAACGUGGAACGCCGGCGGGCAGAUCGGCAUCGGCGAGGUGGCGAAGCUGAUCGCGCCCGGGAUGCUGCAACAGCUGCGAAACGAGUGCGGCGGGCUGCAAACUUUAUUGAAGAAUCACAGUCACAUCUUUUGCGUCGCUCAGGGAAAGGUGCAGUUUAGGAUUCCCGGCACCGUUGACAAGAGGAAGAGAAGGAGAAGGAAUGCUCGCGAACCUUUGAGGAAGGUGAAACCUUGCUGGUUUUACAAAAACCACCCCGACGGGUGUCCCGCUCUCGAGAUCGAUUGCGACUUCCAGCACUGAGUUUCCUUUGGUGUUUGUUGUUCUACGUUGCGAAAUUUUAUAUGUACUUAUCUAAGUCAAACGUGUACGUAACGGUGCAUUUUAUUUUAAAUAAAAGAAGAUAAAUGUC